AUGCCGACGCUAACAAGAGGCAGGCCAGCUUCAAAACUUGAUGACUGGCGCUGCAUUGUGCACGCCUGUGUCGAGAGUUGCCGCCGCAAGAUCUGGCUGACGAAGUCAAGCGAUCUGCAAAAACCCGCCAACCUCGCUGCCCCGCCCCCAUCUUCCCCGUCGCCGGCCGGGCCCCGCGCCGGCCCGGCUUCCAAGCCGCCGGCAGGCUCCCGCGCCCGCCUUCCUUCUCCGCUGCCGGAGGCUCCUCGCUUCGGCCCGCCCAUCCUUCCCCAACCCGGAAGAUCCUCGCGCUGGCGCGUCUUCCCCGUCGCCGGCAGGCUCCCGCGGCAGCCGUCCUUCCUCACGGUCGCCGGCCCCCUCGUGGCCAAGUCAACCCUCCUUCCCUGUCUCCGGCAGGCCCCCGUGCCCCCAAGCUUCGCCGCCCACGAGCCCACCAAGGCGCAUCCCCUCGUCUUCUUGGUCCUGUCGGGCUCGGGCCGAACCGACCGUCAGCCGCCGUUCCGCCUGGCUCUACCUCCCGCCGGCGCCGUGGACGAUCCCGCGACGCCCAGGCUCACCCUCAAGCUCCAGCGCCCAUGCCCCCAGCAGAUGAGGCCACUUGCCCGGAUCUUGACCUCCCGCAGGGUCCUUUCCGUGGUGGUCGAAAAUCGGCCUCCCAAGUUCCCAUAG